AAUGAAAGCACCAAAGAGCGAAAAGCACUGAAAAAGAAAGGGAAGAACGGAGUGAAAAAUAGAUCGUAAAAGUAAUUGCUUGAAUGUUGUGUUUAAUUUUUCUGUAAAAAAAAAGCAUUAUAUCUUGAAUGAGAAGUUCAUGUAUUUUUGGAGCAUAAGCUGUAAAAAUGUGGGACUCGCCGUUCUUGACUUGUUUAUUUCUGUAUAUAUUUUUUUGCCAAAUUAUCGCAACCAAUUCUCGCACUUCUAAUAUUUGGAAACUGAACGUUGAAGAAGAUGUAAUCGUUGAUGGGAAUACUUUACCGCAGGAUGAAUCUGAUAAAAAUAAAAUGAGUGAAGGGGAUUCGGUUUUCAAUAUUAUAACAUCAACAGUUUAUUAUGGAAACAGUUGGAGUAAACAUGGUUUUGACAUGUUUUGCACAGAUUGCCAAAUAUAUGAACAACAGAGAGCUGGCAGUGAAAAUAAUGAUGAGAUAUCACAAACAGAGAUGAAUGGAGAUGCAGAUGAUGAAUAUUUGGAUUGCGGUAAAGCUGUUAACUUUACCUACUAUGAUAACUUAGUCGGUGUGGCACGCCGCCACAGACACCCUAAUGUACCUGAACCCCAGGUGGCUCUUAUAUUUACAAAGAAGAAAUCAUAUAAAAAUGGAGUCACAGAAUUAGACAUAAAUGCAUUGGAGAAAAGAUUAAAGAAAGCAAAAAGGGAGAAACCAAAGUCAGUUCAAUUGUACAAUCAAAUUGGUAAUUUCUGGAGAAUCAAAGGAGAUACACGUCAGUCAAUAGAGUGCUUCAGAAGAGCUCUAGCAGUGUCUCCAUACAAUGCAGAGGUAUUAUUGAAUCUUGCACGGGUGCUGUUCACCUUGCAAUACCUCGACGAUGCGAUCUACCUGACGCGGCGAUCACUUGAAGUUCAGCCACCGGAUCGCAGCGCUUGGCAACAGUACUUCACGCUAGGCGAGAUUUUUAAGGCAUAUGGACAUUACCAGGAAGCGGCAGUACACUUAAGACAUGCACUUGAUUUGAGACCAGACUUCGAACCGGCGUUAGCAGCACUGAAAGAUAUAGAAAAUAUACCGGAGGCCUCUGUGCAUGUCUACACAUUACUAAUUAUUGUUUGUUUGGUGAUGGGAGUAUUAUUGGUGAUCCUAUCGUCAGUGGACAGCGGCAACGAAAUUGAAGAGCACAAGACACAGCGGCAUUUCAACAGGGCAAUGGCGAUGCGUUCCCUCCGCGGCGUAACACUCCCAGGCUCUCGCAGCCGCAAGAAAGGUGGCAACUAAACGCGAGCGAUCAACGUCUGAGUUUCCGAUCUCUGCAAGUACUUUAUUUAUUAUUACAUUCUCCAAUUCAUUUCAUAAAGAUCUUUGUUGACUCUGAUAAACUGACAAAAUAUAAAGUGUUAUAUUAUUAUGUGCCAGGACGUGGGGUAGACAUGUUAUACUGAACAGCUUUUACUAUGGAAGCUAAAACUUAUCCACCACACAGUCUUGAUACAUGAUAUUAAUUUUACACCUUAUAUAAACUAUAUUAUAAUUAAUAGUUUUGUGCACAUUUUUAUUAGCAAUUCGUUGACUGAUCAUAAUAUUCCUUAGUUAUUUAUAACUUUAUUUUUUUUGUUUAAGGACAACUAUUUUUUUUUUAUUUGAAACAAGAAUUUGCAAGAUUUAAAACUCAGGCCCGGGCGAUGUAUGAACAAAAUGUAAAAUUGUCGCUUCAUUAAAUGCAAAUUACGCGUGAUGCCGAUAGAUCUAAAAACGGUUUUUAUGUAUUCGCUAUCGAUGCCUGCGGUAAAGAAUGUAUUGUAGUACUGUUCCUUUUGAUAUUUUUCUUUACAUUUGUGAAUAAUAUGCUCAAACAAGUUAACAUGAUUUUGUUAGUCUGUAACUAGACACGAUGUAGUUAUUGGCUAUAUUUAUCUGUCUUUAAAAACAUUUAUUGUUUCUCUUUCCAACAUAAAUAUUAAAAAGAAUUUAUGUGUAUUUACUUGACUAAUCAAAUUAUAUUACAAUCAGUUAGGAGCCAUACAUUACUUCGUUCAUAUUUAUUUUCACCCCCUCCCCGUCGUUAUUACACUGGCAUAACGACCUCGAGAAUUGAUCGAGAAUAAGAUACCACCGUAGGAUACAUUUCCGACCGACUUCUCGAGUCUCUCGAGCUGGUUAUGCUACUACGUUCGUUAUUGUCAUACUAGAUUAGUAUUAUCUCAGAUAUUUGACAGUUCCGCAAUUAAUUUCUCAUUUAAAUAUUUAACUAAAAACAUUUUGACGUAAUAAAAAGCUUUAUUGAAUGUAGUUCAAAAAUAGAUGUUACACAUCCACCCCUUGUCCCAGUCACACUCCCUCUUUACGUGUGGCGUAAUCUAUGGAUGAUGAUUAAAAAAAAAAAUAUAUACCUACUUGUUAGCUUGUUGAGUUAAAUAUAUUGUGUUGUGAAUAAUUGAUUAUACU